AUGGAGAAGUACAGAAAGUACGGCGAUGCCGCGACGGGUAUCAACCCCUUUGUGCUCAUGCGGACGCCUACGACAUUUUCUGUGGUCGUUGCUGCGGUACUUUUUCCGCUGCGCCUUGCGGGGGCGUUGUUAUUUUUGCUGGCACUCGUUGUGCUGGAUCUGGCGGCAUAUUUCUUUUUCCUUAUUCCUGGUAUGUCGUGUGUGUCGUGGUGCCUGCUUGCGCCAUGCCAGCGGGAGCUUUUGCGGUGCCUGCUCUUUGCUCUUGGCAACAUUGGCAUCACGCGGGCGUCGCCGAGGGCGACGGCGGUGGCGAACGCAGCAGGCGGCGAUGCAACUCCGGUGGCAGGGGACGUGGUGGUUGUGAACAUGCAGUCCGUGUGGGAUAUGUGCGUGCUUGAGGUGGCAGGGCGGUUGCCGUUGUGCGUGGUUGCUUUCUACAUCGGCGGAGCUGCCGGGGCGAACUCGGGAGGGGAUGCAAACAAGAAGAAAACGGACCAUGACAGUCGUCACGACACGCUCCUUGUGAUGGAACCCUCUCCGUUCCAACGUUGGCGUGUGUGGUGGCAUAUUUACCACACAGGGUCGUUGGAGUUUCUUCGUGCCGCAGCAGGUGGCGAUUGUGGUGAUGACAAGAGCAAUACUGAGCCGGUCCUUCACCUUGCCGCGCUGCAGCAGCGAUGUGAGCGCAUUGGUGUGCCGAUUGUGCUCUUUGCGGAGGGCAGCUGCACCAACGGCAAAGGGAUGCUGCGCACAUCCCCGCUUUGGGUCCGCACCACCCCGAGGCGAGUGUUCGUCUGUGCAGUGGAUUAUGACACCACGGCGGUGCACACGGUGUUACGUCCCCAUCGACUUUUGUCGUUUAUUUUUUUAAUGAGUGCAUCACUGCAUGGCAGCCGCGAUCCGGCGUGGUACAGCCCGCCGUUCCCCACAGCUACGGUAAGGAUGGUUACGUUGCUGGAGAGCUCUCUGAGCAGCAACAGCAUACUUGCUACUAAAACUACUGCCGGUGACGGCGCUGCUGUCAUGUGGGAGGAGGCAAAGGUGCGACAGGCGUUGUGUGCCGCAUCCAAGUCGAGGCGUGUGUUGGCGGUUGGGCUUCAUGAGAAGUGCGGCUACGCGGAGGCGUGCGUCGGCGUGAAAGCAGGGAGCGUCUUCAAUUGA